UGUGGAUCAAAUGCUCCAAGCUCACAGACACGGUUUGACAUUAGUUUGACAUUAGUUUGACAUUAGUUUGAAGUUUUUUUUGGUGGGGUGACUAACAUGGAUUUCCGGUCGUCGGCUUUUUUAUUAUGACUUUAAAUUAAUUUGACUAUUUAUUUUAUUGUAUUUACGUCUACUUUUUAUUUUUAUUAACCAUUUUGAUGCGCUGUUUUAUCUAUGAAGCGACUUGAAAAGUGCCAUUUUUUUCUUUACAGUGAGCUGUUGCUGCGUAGGAAGAAUGUCAUCUAACGAAGAAAAUUUGCCCUCAACCUCAGGCCAAGGCCAAGGCCGUGGCCGUGGCCGCGGUCGCGGUCGCGGUGCCAAUAGAGGCAGAGGUGCUGAGGAUCCGGAAGCACUUCUUACUGUCAGAGCCGCCCGACAAGUUUCGCAAAGACAUUUUGCGAACUUGUCGGCGGCCGACAAGGACGACCUUCCCGACGCGCCUCCGCGCAAACGGCGAACUUUAAAUGCUUCUCCUGAGAGGGAGCUGCCCGAAGUAGUGGAUCCACUGCAACCUACGCCGCAAGUGGAUCCACUACAGCCAUCAACUUCGUGGCAACCGACGCCGCCUCUACAAGUGCCGGCUGACGUCGAGUUUGUUCACAACGAGGAGAUUGGCCACGGGUCCAGGGACCCGACGCCGCCUCUACAGGUGCCGGCUGACGUCGAGUUUGUUCACAACGAGAUUGGCCACGGGUCCAGGGACCCGACGCCGCCUCUACAGGUGCCGGCUGAUGUCGAGUUUGAUCACAACGAGGAGAUUGCCGAAAGCGACGCGUCCGUUGAUACGGCAGAGGCGGACACAGUACCCAAUUCGCCCAGUUCUCUGGACUCUUUGGUUUUCCGCCUGUCAACCACAGAGAACUGGGCGAAUGUAUGCCGUACGCCCCAAAAAAAAAGAGAGUAUUUUAACGACGACAUCACAGACUCUGAUGCUUCUUGUUAAAAUACUCUCUUUUUUUUUAUUGUUAGGAAAACAAACAGCAUUCUAUAGCACAUAGAGUUAACAAUUAAACUUCACAUUCGCCAAAAUAUCGAAUUAUCUUCGAAAAAAUUUAAUGUAUCUUACUUAAUUAAUUCAUUAAUUAAUUAAGAAUUAAUUCAGCUAAAUAUACCUUUAUGUUUAUUAAACUUAAUACUUGCUAUGCCCUUACAGGGUGCAUAUGAUGUACUACCUAACCAUUUACCAACUGUCAAACCACACAUAUUAUCUUCGAAAAAAUUUAAUGUAUCUUAAGAAUUAAUUCAGCUAAAUAUACCUUUAUGUUUAUUAAACUUAAUACUUGCUAUGCCCUUACAGGGUGCAUAUGAUGUACUACCUAACCAUUUACCAACUGUCAAACCACACAUAUUAUCUUCGAAAAAAUUUAAUGUAUCUUACUUAGAAUUAAUUCAGCUAAAUAUACCUUUAUGUUUAUUAAACUUAAUACUUGCUAUGCCCUUACAGGGUGUAUAUGAUGUACUACCUAACCAUUUACCAACUGUCAAACCACACAUAUUAUCUUCGAAAAAAUUUAAUUUAUCUCUAGGAUGAUGCCAAUGUAAAUAAAAUAUUAUCUAACUAGCUUUUGCCCGCGGCUUCACCCGCGUGAAAUUUAAUUUGUCACAGAUCGUCAUAAAUUAUAUAAUAGCCUAUAUUAUGUUAUUCUGGGUUAUAAACAAUAAUACUGUAAAGUUUCAAUCAAAAUCCGUUCAGUAGUUUUUGCGUGAAAGAGUAACAAAUAUCCAGACAUCCAAACUUUUGCAUUUAUAAUAUUAGUAGGAUUUUUUUGCUAGGAUGUAUGUAAAUAAAAUAUUAACUAAU